UUGUGCGGCCGGACGCUGGACCGUCACCCGCGCGCCGCCGGCACCCGAUACCAACCUGAGCAGCCUCGGCUUGCACCCCGGAGCUUCCCCGACUUCAUCACAUCCCUUGCCUACAGCUAUACCCUGGGGUUCGACAGUUCCACCGCUGUGCACACAACGGGCUGUUGAUAGACUUUAUAUUCAAGUCUUGUUCUCUAACGUAGACGCGAAGUGCUACAACUCGUGCUUAUUUCACUGAAGUGCUUAUCCGAUUUCUCAUACAUUUUGGAUCGCAUCUCCAUUGGCUAAGAUUAUACAACUGAUGCAGAAAUUUGGACGAUUAAUCAGUCGUCGAGCUUUAGCGAAUUUUGAUCAAGAUCAUGGAACAACAAGAGCUCUGUAACGCCGCCGCCGAGAGCCUGCUGUGCUGAGUUCUUGUCGCUCACAGUACGGGGUUGGGGUGAAUAAUGGGAAAAAGACACGUCCGGAUCAAGUUUGCACAUUCCAUUGGUCCGCCUAUUGAUUUGAGCAAGUUGGAUAGAUCCAACUAGCACCCCAACCCACGCCCCUUCUUAUGCAUUAUCAGUUACCGACGCUCUAGCGACUGCCAAUAAAGUACAAGUCAUAAUCGGGUUAUACAUUAUUCAUUUAUAUAUUUAAAAGAUAAAUUUAGAUUUACUUACUUUAGUACAAACUUUAAUCAGAAAAGGAAUACGGCGACUUAGCUGAUGUUGAAGAACAAACCGGGUCGUUAUUCUCGGUUAAAAUAAUAAACUGUAGUCAUGACGGCCACUGCACCAGAAUUGUCCAAGUCAGAUUUCUUUGAUUUCGUGACAUCUAAUGACGUUACUGACGCCCAGUACAAACAACAGAUGCGUUCUGUUAAUGUGUUCAUGGAAUCGCCGGACUCGAGGUCGAACCCUUUGUUGUCGGAAGAACCAAAAGAACAAAAUAACAAUAGCUUAUUGAGCGUGGCGGGAGGACAAUCUACUGUUAGUAACAGCAUGGCCUCGGCGACCACUUCGAAUACGUUACAAAGUUUUGAUUCCAUAUGGAACGUAGAUCGAGACCGGGAUCGUUUAGAAAGUGCGAUGUUGGAAGACCUCAACAAAUUUUACUGGAAUCAGGAUAGUGAAAUAAACGGUGCGCAUCCUUGCACUGACACCGCCAUCUCCAACAAACUAAUUAGUAACAACACGGACGGACAAAUUUAUACUCUAACCGUAUUGAACCAAGAUAUGGGUGAACCGAAUCCUAACCGAUACUGGACAAAGGAAGAAGACGUCUCCAUGUCGAGCCCCACUGACAUAGAGCAACAAUCCUCGCUAGAUCUCGAGUCGAUAUUAAAUAUGAAUGGUUUCCCUAACGACUUUAGUCAGGAUUCUUUAACUACUAACAUACUACCAAAAGUUGAAAACUUUAAUUAUGAAGAUACGGAAUCAGAAAAUCAAAGUGCAGACAUGAGCACGAGUAGCUUGGUUAAAAUAGAACCCUUCAGUUACGAUGAAAAUGACUUUCAGAGUAACGACAAGAAAGAUGAUUCAUGUAGUUCUAUUGUAGGGACUCCGACUAUAUUAGAUAGUCAAGCAGAAUUUAACAACAACAACAACGACUGGAAGUUAACAGAUCAAAACACGGAAUCUAAUGAGUCUUUACUGAGAAGUGCUCUCCAAGGGAAAGCUUUUAUUAGAUAUAGCACGAUACAAAAGAGUAAUAUGUCGAAAGUAGAUGCAGAGACGGAGUUGAAAAGGGUUAUCAUAAAUAACAAUAAUAAAGCCGACGUUCCAUCAAUGUACCCAGACACUAAAGUUAGUGAAACAGAACUAUUGAUGGCCAUCGCACCACAAAGUGGAAACGUAAAUAUUUCAAUACUAUUAGAAGAUCCUACUGCGACUGUCAUUGCAAACGGUGACAAUCCGUCCUCGACUCAAAGCGUCGACGAUAUUUUACUUUCCCAAUUAGAUGCUAAUUAUCCUGAUGACUAUGAGAAGCUAAAACGAAUAGCUACAGAGUUGGGCGAGUCCGUGCAGCCGUUUUGCACCGUCGAACCCAUCGACCCGACCCGGAGUGUUUACAAUAUUCAUCAUGUAAACGGUGAAUUAGUAACAAUGAUUCCGGCGAGUGAAGUACAAAUACCCCAGCACUUACAAAUUGUGACCACGUCACCAGCGGUGACCAGCACGAAGUCUGUGAGCAAGAAAUAUAAACGAAUUCAAAACAAGAAUCCACCGCCGUCAACGCAAUCGCCAUCAGGGACUGCGAUACAAGCGGCCACAUCUACGUCGAACGGCGUUAGAAAAGAAAGAUCUCUUCAUUAUUGCUCGAUUUGUUCGAAAGGUUUUAAGGAUAAAUACUCCGUUAAUGUACACGUUCGAACACAUACGGGAGAAAAGCCUUUCUCUUGCUCACUUUGUGGUAAAAGUUUUCGUCAAAAGGCGCACUUGGCAAAGCAUUAUCAAACUCACAUCGCACAGAAGAGCGCCGCCGCCAAUGGGACGGCCAAACCUACUAAGCAAAGGUAACCGUAGCACCAUCGCUAAACUUUCGUCGGUAUGCAAAGAUAGUCAAAGGAACUUUAUUACAGUGAGAGUGAUUUACUAAAUAAAUACGUAAAGGCUGACAUAUCACAGAAGAGUUGGUAAGGUGCUAAAUAAACUAGUAGUUAUAGAGAAAUAAGGCAGUUGUGUAUGGUGAAAUAUUCGUCGGAUACUCGAGGCCGUAAUGAUAUUUGUUAAUUUGUACGUAAUUCCGUCCGUUACCGAAAUACUUUUAAGUCUAGCUAGUUUUAGCUAAGAACAAAUACAGUUAAGUGAAAUUUAUUAUGAGAUUUU